AUGCGAUUCGGCUUCGGCCUGGCCUUGGGCCUCUUGUCGUCGACUGGCCUGGUUGCGGCCCAGACGUACACCGACUGCAACCCAAUGGAGAAAUCCUGCCCGGCGGAUCCUGCCUUUGGCAAGUCCGAUCAUACCUUUGACUUCACCAAGGGGGGCUCGACGGAUUUCAAAGCCACCGGGAACAUUGAUUACGAUGACAACAACGGUGCGGCUUUCACCAUUGCCAAGCAGGGCGAUGGGCCCCUGAUCCAGUCCGGCUGGUACAUCAUGUUCGGCAAGGUCGAGUUCACCAUCAAGGCAGCACCCGGCAAGGGGAUUGUCAGCAGUGCCGUUUUGCAGUCUGAUACUCUCGAUGAGAUUGACUGGGAAUGGCUGGGUGGCAACAAUGCCCAGGUGCAGAGCAACUACUUCGGCAAAGGAGACACCAGUUCCUACAGCCGUGGCGCGUACCAUGACGACACUGGAAACCACGAUGACUUUCACACUUACUCAAUUGACUGGACCAGUACCCAGCUUGUGUGGUCCAUCAACGGUAAAACUGUCCGUGUUCUCACCCCGGAGACUGCGGACGCCAACAAGUACCCCCAGACCCCGAUGAUGAUCAAGGUCGGGUCAUGGGCGGGCGGGGAUCCCAAUAAUGCCCAGGGCACAAUUGAUUGGGCUGGUGGCGAGGUGGACUACAGCCAAGGACCCUUCACCAUGUAUCUGAAGUCGAUGACGGUCACCGACUACUCCACCGGAUCUUCAUACAGCUACGGCGACAAAUCGGGCUCAUGGGAGUCGAUCAAGGCCAAGGACGGCAAGAUCAAUGGAAACAGUGCUGCCGAGCCCAAGUCGACCGAGUCUGCACCCACCGUGACGGAAACCGCCGAUAGUAUGCCCAUGCCCUGGAGUGGCACACACAAAGAGACUUCGAGCUGGGUCACUCCCAAUGUCUGGCCCUGGGUUCCCACCGGCUCGCCGACGGCCACUUCCAUGGACUGGGAGUCUAGCUCUCAUCGCAUUCAGCCGCCUAGCGGGGGCUCAAUGAGUGAGCCCACCCCUACAUCUUUUUGCAGCACCCCCCUGGCCUCAAUCGCUAAGACCGGAAUCUCUUCACAGUCUUCCUCCCGCUCUACCUCAGCACGUUCGGCUUCCUCCUCGGCUGUCUUCUCCCGUUCUGGCAUUGAGUCGCCGUGGAGAAACACUACUCGCCUGACGACCAGCACCACUUCGGAAGCCACCCAGGCUACGGCCGACCUAGCCGGCACUUUCACCAUGGAGGCGAGCUCUACAAGUUCCACGGCCCGUGUGGCACCUUCGGCUGCCAGUGGGGGUAGCAUCAACGAACUUUCAUUCGUUGGGGCUUUCUGGGCACUUCUCUGCAGUGUUUUUGCUUUGCUGUGA